AUGCCCGACGACGUCGUCCUGCCCAUCCCCAACCUUGAGCUUCCUCAGAACCUCUUCGUCCUCUCCCAGCCUGCCCUCACCCACCUCCAUGACAAUGCCCGCACAAAGCUCCUCGAGGGUAUCAAAGCCGACCAGAUGGCACCGUACUACCGUUCCGUGACCGCCGCAGGUGCCCUACCCCUCGAUGCCGCCCUCCUCGAGUCCAUGGAGCAGGCCAACGUCGCCGAGCUCGCCCGCCUCGAGGAGCGCCUCGAGGAGGCCAAGAAGGUCGAAGGCGAGUCUGACAUCGCAGAUGCCCUCCAGGCACGCGCAAACUACCUCACCCAGAUCGGCGACAAGGAGCGCGCACUGGAAGCGCAGAAGCUUGCGCUGGAGAAGACCGCAGGCUUGGGCUCGCGCAUCGAUAUCGUGCUCACGCUCGUCCGUGUCGGCUUCUUUUUUGGUGAUUUCGACAUCAUCAAAGCGCACCUCGACCAGGCUGAGCAGCUGAUCGAGGAGGGCGGUGAUUGGGACCGGCGGAAUCGGCUUAAGGUGUACAAAGGCCUGCACCUCCUCUCCAUCCGACAAUUCAAGCGCGGCGGUGAACUCCUGCUCGACGCGCUCGCCACGUUCACAGCAACGGAACUGAUCUCAUACAACGACUUCGUGUCAUAUACAAUCAUUGCGAAUGUGCUUACACUGAAAAGAGUCGACCUGAAGAAACGCCUCAUCAGUGCGUCCGAGGUUUCACAAGUUCUCCCAGAGCUGCCCAAUCUCGCCGAACUCAUGAGGAAUCUCUAUGACUCACAUUACGACAAAUUCUUUGUUGCGCUUGCAACCCUCGAACAAACGCACCUCAUCCCAUCCCGUCUCCUCUCGCCACACACCCGCUUCUACGUCCGUGAAAUGCGCAUCCUCGCAUACUCCCAACUCCUCGAGUCCUACCGCAGCCUCACACUAGACAGCCUCGCGCGCUCGUUUGGAGCAAGCGCCGAAUUUGUCGACAGUGAGCUCUCGCGGUUCAUCGCGUCCGGCCGACUACAUUGCAAGAUCGACAAGGUGCACGGCGUUGUCGAGACAAACCGGCCACCGCUGAAGGACGCGCAAUACGAGACGGUUAUCCGGCAGGGCGACAUCCUGCUCAACUCUGUGCAGAGAUUGAGCAAGGUUUUGUACUGAGUUUUGAGGCUGCAGGUGUGGGGCUGUGGCAAAUCAUCUCUUUGCGUCGGACUGUGUAUCGUAGCGUCGUUAUGCUGAGCUCGGAACACCGA